AUGUACGGAAAUCAAACUCUUACUCCUUCUUAAGAUGAAGAUAACUUCAUGUUGUGUCAUUAAUUUCUGAGUUCAGUCUCAGACCUGAGCAGCUGGCCAGCAGCAAUGGGGGAGAAGAAUGUUGAGACAACGGUGUGGAAGGUUAAUCUUCAGUGUGAGAAGUCCUACAGGAAAGUGAAGAGACUGCUGUGUAAAUACCCUCAAAUACAAGACCAGGUGUAUGACGAGAAGAAGAACACAGUGACGAUCAAAGUGGUGUAUUGCUGUCCUGAGAAGAUCAAGCAAAAGUUAUGCUGCAAAGGUUUAAAUUUGUUGUCCAGCAAAGGCGAGAAAGGCGACAAAGGCGAGAAAGGCGACAAAGGCGAGAAAGGCGACAAAGGCGACAAAGGUGACAAAGGCGACAAAGGCGACAAAGGCGAGAAAGGCGACAAAGGCGAACCCUGCGGCUGCAGCUGCGGCAGCAGCGGCAAAGGCGAACCCUGCGGCAGCGGCGGCAGCGGCUGCAGCUGCGGCAGGUGCGGCAGCAGCAGCGCCGCCACAGUGUUGCCGAAACAGCCACAUCCAGAGUGUUGCUGGAACUGCCACGUGCAGAUAGUGUUUUGCAGCGUAUGCUACCUGCAGAUAGUGUGUUGCAGCGUACGCUACCAUGACCUGCCGAUACGCUACUGUGGAUGCUACGGGAGACCGGUUUGUGAUAGCUGGGGUGGUGGCAGUGGCGGUGCAUGCCGAAUAAUGUGAAAAUUAAUGGACGUGCAUGCAUCAUUUGUCGCUGUGUUGAAGAUAUAGCUCACUUGUGAUGGUGGGCAUUUGGGUGGCCUAUGGUUUGGUUCUUAGUACAAAAUUAUUGUACAAGAGAAUAAGAAUAAAAAUAAAAACACUGGAAAUUAAUUAUUUGUGCUUUUUUAACGCGUGUUUUAAGUUCGAGUCUCUUUGUUAUAAAUAUUAAAUAAAAUGAUUCUAAUGCUAUCAAA